AUGAGCAGUUCAAACAAUUAUUUUGCAGCCAUUGUUGCUCGUGAGAAGACAGCAUUGCUAAAUCUUGGGUCAGUUAGAGGCUACGUUAUUAUAAAAGAUGCAAAAAGAGAGCUUGAGAAAACAUGUCCAAAAAUUGUAUCAUGUGCCCAUAUACUUGCAGUUGUUGUUCGGGAUGCAUCAACUUUCGUUGGUGGUCCAUCAUGGACAGUGAAACUAGGAAGAAGAGACUCAACCACUGUAAGUCAUGCUCUUGCAGAAACAGAUUUUCCAGGUCCUUUUGAUCCUCUUGGUAGGCUUAUUUCUGGCUUUGCCAAAAAAGGCCUUAGCACAAGGGACAUGGUUGCUUUAUCAGGAGCACAUUCAAUAGGUCAAGCACAAUGUUUCCUCUUCCGUAAUAAGAUUUAUAGCAAUGCAACAGACAUCGAUGUUGGAUUUGCUAGCUCUAGAAGACGUCAAUGUCCUCGAAAAGAUCAAAAUGGAAACCUAGCUCCACUUGAUUUGGUUACACCCAAUCAGUUGGAUAACAACUACUUCAAGAACUUGAGGCAAAGAAUUUUUUUCAUUUGCAGUACUCUUGAUAAAUUCCUAGAUGUCUCAUCGAAGGAAGAAACUUAUAUAGGAUGGAGAAGAUACCCUGUAAAGUCAUUCUUUUGGAUUUUCCCUGCUAAGUGGUGA